GUACUUGGUUGUAAGCUUUCACUGUUAAUAGACUAUGAAACCUACAUAUAAUCCAGGAAAAGGUGUAAGGACAGACUAUGAAGCCCUCUUAAAACGGUUUACAGAAACAGAUUCCGUUAGAUAUGAUGAAUUCUCUGCAAUUUGGAGAGACAUGAAAUUUUCCCAGAUUUACGCAGGGCGCCAAGAUGAAGGAGAAUUACAGGACUUCAUAGACGAGUGUUUAAAGAUUGCAUUAAAAUUUUAUUUGCCUCCUUACAGUUUUCAGAUUCGGGUGGGCGGUUUGUAUAUCUUGUUUGGAAUAUAUAGCAUACAACCAAUUAUUAGAAAGCGGAAAAUUCGAGUUACCUCAGAUACGUGGAAUCAAAUACUGGAAUUCCAGAAUGAAGCUCAUUUACAAGAGCACUUAGAUGUUGAAUUUAUUUUUCAUAAGUUGCGGUAUUAUGAUGCAUUUGAGUUUUGUGCAACAGAGUCCCAUGUGUACCCAAAUAAAAGUGAUACUGUAGUGGAUGAUUCUUCCACUCGUGAGGAAUUUAAGGAGGAACAGAGCAUGCUGUAUGAUUUGUUCUCAACCGAUGUCUUGGAACAACUAGCAGCAGUUCAUCAACAUUAUCAUCACAUGAAAGUUGCCAUGGAGAACCAAAAAAAUAUUGCCCACGGUGAAAAUGAGACAGACAUGCCUGCUAAAUCCUUGGAUGUCAUUCAGCAGGACUUAGUCCCAAGUAUUACAAAAGCUCUAAUAACCUAUCAGGAAAAAAGAAAAGCAAAUCUUCACCCACGAAAACAUGCCACAGAGACAGAGUCAGAUGGUGAGCGUGAUGAGGAUUAUUCUGUGUUUCUGCAUUUAGGAGAAGGAACAUCUCGACAGUCCUCAGUAAAGACUAGAGCAUACAAAAAAUUGGCAAAGCCUAGCAGGUCAAGGAGACAUAGACAAACACAAGAAGAUACCAGUGAAACAGAGGAAAGUCCACAGAAGAGGAGAAGAAAGAUAUAUGCAACUGUACAAAGCAGAAAAAAAGAGUUAGAGCUUGAAAGCAGCCAGAAUGAAGAUGAAAAUGAAGUCAAAGACGAAUCUGUGAAUGAUGAUGAAGAUGACGGCAGUUUCUUACUGAGCAUGCCCACCCUAACAGAGGAGGAGCCCAUUAGAAUGGCUGACACAGCCAAAAGUGGAAAGUCAGCAAAGAAAGGAAACAAGACAAAAGGAGAGAAAGCCACCAAGUCCAAACCCCGACCACAAGUGUCAGCAGAAUUAGAAAGUCAGCCACCAAAGUUCAAGGUCAAAUUUAAAAAGGAGAGAAGAGGACCAGGCAGACCAAGAAAAACCACAGACAAGGCAUAGGAAAGACUAGGUGACAAGGCAUAGAAAAGUUAGUGUUACGUAUAUGCAACGUUAAAAAGAGAAAAAAGCACAGGCCAGAUGCAAACAAGUGAAAUUUAGUGUCAAACAGUAAUGAAAUCUUAAUGUUAAGAUACAGCAUCUUUUUGAGGGGUUAAACUUCAUAUUUU